GAACUGGCUGAGCUUUGAACUGUAGCCUGUGUCGCUAAGCUAACUUCAUCACUAAGAACUCGAUCCCUGGUGCAGCGUGUGUUUCCUCGACCGCCGUUUACUUUAAGCUCGUCUGUAACCGUCUCACCUGCUACCUGGAAAACCACCGUCUUGGUCCAGGCUCCCGUCUUUACUGACCCAGUGGUGAUUCUUCAGCCUCCCUGACCUCAGCAUGGACGCAUCCAAGAAAAGACACUUCCAGAAACACCUAGAACCCGCGAGGCCUCUGCGUCGCUGCACCCCUGUGGAUGUUCAGGCGAUGAAGACAGGGCUGGAGCAGACACCACUGAUGGAUUGCAAGAUCACCCUAGAGCAGUUCUUCAGGAUCAAAAACCUCAACAAACCCGCUGAGCGCCUCUGCUACAGCCAGGAUUUCCUCAUGAGCCUGGCCAGCUGUGCAGAAGCCAGGCAGAGGCCGUCCUGCUUGCCCCAACACCCGGUUGUGCUCAGCCAGGCCAGAGAGGAACUGUACGCUCAAGUCACGGUCCACAGCUCCAACUCCAGCUUCCCAUCUGAAGGUGCAGAGUGCUGAAGCCAGUCGCCUCCUUCUUCCCAUUUCUUUUGCAGCGAUAUUUAAUUAUCGACGGUGCCUGUUCUGUUCAAGGCAGCAAUUCAUGCCGAAAUUGGGAUGUUUUUCAUUUGUCUGGUGGGUUUGUACAAGGUUCACCGCUUCAGCCCUGUUUGCUGAUGGUUGUUUUGUUUUGUUUAAAACAUGAACAUUCUCAAACCAUAUACCUGUGCAUCUCCCCAUUUCUCUCACAACUGGUCACCUCAUCCUCCAUAUGCUGCGGGUCAGUUCAGCACACACACGCCUGUAUCAACUGAGCAGGCAGACUGCGGAGCAGCAGUGCUAUUGGAUUGCGAGGUAGAGAGAAGUGAAUGGAAGAUAAACUAAGCAGAACACAUUGACAUGAAUCAAACUAUAUUGGGCAGUGGCUUGAUCGACAGCAGCAGGAGCUCUCACAUGAAACUCACGUCACAGGUCAAAGACCGUGACAGGAAGUGGCGAGUGGAUGUCUGUCGGCCAGAACAGCCUGUAAACGUUACACCGUCCACACAACUGGCAGAUGAAUCAACUUGCCUCACUGAGCCUUAACGACACUAAACGGAACAACCGAUAAGCCCAACUCACUUUUACAGUCACCGCAUGAGGGCGCUGUUGCUCUUCAC